CCGGUUUUAUCCGCAGCCUGCGUGAACAUGCUGUCCUCGACCGCUACGGUAGUCGCGCAAGUAGACGGACAAAGACCGACCGACCUACACGAUGAAGCCGAUUCCACCACAAGAACCCCAGGCCCAGGCGGCGCUCGAGAGCUUUCAAUGGCUUUUAGAGCCGUUACGUUAUCUACCCUCCCCUCCUGCUCUCCCCACGUGCCUUUGUUACGCCUGGAACUCAUCGAGGCCGAGAGAGCGCGAGAUAUCAAAGAAGAAAGGAAUCUCAGAUGAGGGUUUUAUCAGGGUUUCAUGGAGGUCCGGAAUCCCCACAUUACUCUCUCCCGGAGGGACAGGAUUUCCGCUUCCUCUUUAAUGGCUUCUUGAUGGGAUCAGUGUUCAAGAUUAUUAUUAUUAUUUUUUUGUUGAGGUAGCAAUUCGCUUUUCCCAUGGGUUUUGGAUUGCAGAUAACUGCGCUCUUUGGAGGUUUGCAUUGGAGAUUAGGACCGGUGCCGAAUUCUGGCAUGCGAGUACUCUAAAGACUCUGGAAAGACUGAAAAAUGCGGCGUUUCGUUGAUGAUCUUAAUGAGCACUUCAAUGGUUUUGUACCACGGGAGUGUUAUCCCUUUCAGGAAGGUCAGACUUUGGUGGAGGCGAUCUUUUGCCUCUAACAUGUUUGCAUUUGCUCCUGAGAGAAAGCGUGCUUUUCGUUUGGUUCCUUGUGCGAAAUAUAAACACACCAGGAAGAGAACCUGGUGGCAGAAGUUCUUUUCCGAUGAUGUUGGCGAUGGCAGCUGGUUUGACUGGAGCACGGAGGAUGUGCUUGGUGAUGAUUUUGGCACUGAUGGAGAUGAUGUGGCAGAAGAGAUGUCGGAGGAUGAAAAGUUUGAAGCUUGGAAGAGGAGAGCUGAGGCAAUAUCUGAGCUCCGUGAAGCACAAGAAGAUGCAAGAAAUGCAGAGGGUCGGGCAUGGGAUGAUUGGCUUGGGGGAAAUGGGUCAUCCAAUGUAAAUACUUCGUCUUGGUAUCAAGAAUGGGAUGAAGCAGCAGAGACAUCGAGUGAGGUAUCUGAUGAUCCAAAUGAGACAAUGCGAGAGAAUGGUCUUGUUAAGGCCAUUAAAGAUUCAGUCAGUGAAAGUGAUGACGAGUUGUUGUAGCCAGGCACCAUUGUAGAUAGAGAUGCAGUUCAGUUUUGAAGGACUUGGAUGGUCAUUUUUCUUGCUGAAUAGAUCUAGUGAUGAAAUAAUGGUUGCCCUAAGUAGUCCUACAAAAGGGCUUUGUAGACAGAAAACCGAGUCUUCUUUCCAAGGUCUUAUUCCCAAGAAAAAGAUUGUUGAGUUUUGUCGGGUUUCGGGCAUAUGGUUUCCUAAAUAUAUUCCUUGACACUUGGUGGUUCAAGCUUGAUGAAUUUUUAAACAGAUUGUUUGUUGCCGGUAUUAAAAUUGUUGAGGAAGAGGUAGCUUCAACAGCAAGGCUAGUGAGCUAGACGGGGUUCCUUUUUACAGCUGUAGUAACCACUGGAGCCGGAUUUCUCAGUUCUUUCGCUCCCAAUUAUUUAUCGUUAAUUAUUUUACGAUUUAUGGUCGGUAUUGGACUGGGUGGUGGUCCUGUGCUUUGUUCUUGGUUUCUGGAGUUUGUUCCAGCUCCAAAUAGAGGCUUUUGGAUGGUCAUCUUUCAAGCGUUUUGGACUGUUGGCACAAUAUUGGAGGCAUCACUUGCAUGGGCUAUAAUGCCAAAUUUUGGCUGGAGGUGGUUGCUAGCAUUGUCUUCUUUACCAUCAUUUCUCCUGCUAGUAUUUUAUGCUGUCACACCUGAGUCACCAAGGUAUCUCUGCAUGAAAGGCCGAACAGUUGAUGCAAUGCAUGUCUUGGAGAAGGUGGCCAUACUGAACCAUGUGUCGCUCCCUUCUGGCAUGCUUAUUUCUGAUCACAAAAUCGAACUUGAUGAAAUACCCAAUCCUUCGGGCUUUGAUCUUGAUGAAAAUCCCAGCCCUUCUGAAGUCACUGGUUUAGUUACAGUUAUGAAGGAAAACUCCAAUGAGGAGGAUAUGGAUUCUAAAAUAGGAGGCAUCGGUGCAUUUUUUAGGCUUCUAUCACCAAAAUUAAUCAGAUCAACUCUUCUUCUUUGGAUGGUUUUCUUUGGGAAUGCAUUUUCAUAUUAUGGCAUUGUCUUGCUGACCUCUGAGUUAAGUAAUGGAAAUAGGAUAUGCACAUCAAAUGAGAUGCAGUCAAGCCACUCAAAUGGUGCCCGCCUCUACAAAGAUGUAUUCAUCGCUAGCUUUGCUGAGAUUCCUGGACUUGUUUUAUCAGCUGCAAUGGUGGAUAGGAUUGGUCGCAAGCUUUCAAUGUCUGCCAUGCUUUUUAUAAGUUGCAUUUUCUUAUUCCCACUGGCAUUUCAUCAGACAGAAGCAUUAACAACAGCCCUUCUAUUUGGUGCUCGAAUCUGCAUCUCAGGGAGCUUCACAGUCGUGUACGUCUAUGCUCCAGAGAUAUACCCAACCUCCGUCAGGACUACUGGCAUAGGAACCGCAAGUUCGGUGGGAAGAAUCGGUGGGGCUGUGUGUCCACUUGUGGCUGUCAGUCUGGUACAUGCCUGCCAUCAGACUCUGGCAAUUAUUUUAUUUGAACUUGUAAUAUUCCUUUCAGGAAUGGCCGUGUGUUUCUUCCCCUUUGAAACCAGUGGCCGCAGACUGAGUGAUUCUUUGUCAGUUUCAGGUGCCGUGAUUUCUAAUGAUUUGUCUCAUGGAUGCUUUUUAAGUCAUGAGUGGCUGCAGCAUGGGUUCACAACCACAAGCCCAGAAAAUAUCACCAGCCAAUAUAAUUAUGACAUCUCUGCAGCUUUCUACGAGAGUUUGUUUGUGAAGCUGGUUUUCUUAGAUAUUGUACAAACCUAGCGUACCCGAGUCCUCGUUAUAAUAGACACUAGUACCACGACUCACUGGUGAAGGAAAGAAUCAUAACUCAAAGCAUAUUUUUAUGUCACAUGAAACAGUAACUCAUGAUUACUCUAGCAAUCUCUCUUUGUGUUUA